AUAGACGAGUCUUCUUAUAUUCUAUACAUAUCCCGGUCCACGGAACAUAGCUUUGUGAUGGAGGACACGUGGAAGAAGCACAUCCAGGCCUUGAGUGUUUUCCAGUGGGUACUGACCUUCGUUUUCAUGGGAUCAUUUUUUACAAUUCUCCUCCUAUACUUGAUGUUUACGUCAUUGUGGAUAAUCCCUGUCACCUAUUUCACUUGGCUGCUAAUGGACUGGGAGACCCCAGAAAGAGGUGGUCGUAGGACCGAGUGGGUGAGGAGAUGGACAGUGUGGUCACGUUUCAGAGAAUAUUUUCCUAUAAAGCUGGUGCAGUCAUCGCCGCUAAGCCCCGACAGGAAUUACGUUCUGGGUUGUCAUCCUCAUGGGAUCAUGUCAGUUGCCGCCUUCAGUAAUUUUGCUACUGAGGCCAAUGGCUUCUCCGAUGUAUAUCCAGGAGUCCGACCGUGGCUGGCCGUUCUUGCGGGAAUGUUCCGGCUGCCAAUUUACCGUGACUAUAUCAUGUCUGCAGGAGUGGUUCCCGUAAGCAGGGACAGCAUACAGUAUCUCCUGUCACGCUGCGGCACAGGGAACGCGGUUUUUAUCGUGGUGGGAGGCGCAGCCGAGUCCCUGCAGAGCAGCCCCACCGAGAAUAUGGUGACCCUAUCGGGAAGGAAGGGUUUUGUCAGACUGGCUCUGCAGAAUGGGGCAGAUCUUGUUCCCGUAUAUUCCUUUGGCGAGAACGACAUAUUUGAGCAGGUUCAUUUUAGCCCGGGUUCCUGGGGUUGGAGACUGCAGCUUCUCUUCCAGAAACAUGUGGGCUUUGCCCCCUGUCUGUUCUAUGGCAGGGGGGUGUUUAAUGCAGACAGCUGGGGCUUUAACCCUAUCCCGCGCCCUCUUACCACUGUGGUGGGGCGGCCUAUCCGUGUACCUCACUGCCCGGUGCCCUCGGAAGAAGACGUCUCCCACUAUCACAGCCUCUACAUACAGGGGCUUCAGCAGCUCUUCGACGAGUAUAAAGUUUACUGUGGACUUUCCGAGACAGAUACCCUGCGCAUCAUCUAACCGGCUGACCUCUACGGCCUGGGUGCUUCGGCCAGAUGUGGGACUCGGGCCACCACGCUCAACAAGCAGGAGGAUAAUUGGAGGACACGUGACCUUCAAAUCACCUUAGCCUUAUUUUAGGCAAUUAGAAAAGUUAUAUCAAA